AUGUCUGUCAUGUUGGGGUCGACAGGGAAAAUGGGCUCCAAACUCACGAAUUCCUUUCGUUUGCACUUUGAAAGGGAAUGGGUGCUACAACGACAAUUGGAGCAAACGCUGGUCAAGAUGGAAGCACAACAGUUGAUGGUAGGGUACCCGUUCAGGCAUGAUCUGGUCUUUCUGAAAGAAGACACUGAAAUGAGAAGUUGGCCAGUCUACAUUGAAUUUAUGGAUUGA